GCCAGGCUCACUUUAUCGCCGCUGACGCUGUCAAAAUCGCUGUGGCUCCAGCAGUAACAACAGCGAGCCCCCUCCCUCUCUCUCUCCCUCCGCCGGGUCACCCGCUCCUCGUGAGAAACCAAACGCUGAUAUUCCUUUGGCUUCAUCUUCCCGGCUUACGCGAGAGUGCGGAAGACUUGCUAAUUAAUUUACAUACGAGGGAAUGAUGUCUGAAGGAAGGAAAAAAUACCCCGUUGCACCUGCUCCGCCGAGACUUGUCAUCUGAAUCUGGAGGAGAGCUAUAAAUCAUGUAAAGUGUUCGCGGUGGAGUCGGCUUCUUCUGAGAGCUGUAGGAUUAUGUAUCCAAAUGCUGAAUUUAUAUUUCCCACUAGGAAAAGACUGAAACUCAGAUGCUUCAGAAACUUGCUGCGUGCUUACCACGGGUUCUGCCAACCAUCUCGAGAGGGGACUUACCUAUUCUUUCAUUAGUAAGCAUAACAUUAUCUUGAAAUAAUUAUUCCUCUCCACAUGGCCUUCCUACUAGUGUCAGCUUAUCUUCUGCUGACUCAUGCUCGGGGUGCUCCUGUUGAGAAUGGGGCACUGUUGGAAACACUGAAGUCACAAGUAGGAUUAUUCAGCAAUAAAAGUGAACACUAUUCAGCACAGGUGAGACCUCCUGGCACGAGCCGACAAAUACCUCAGACAAUCAUCAUAGGAGUUCGUAAAGGAGGGACAAGGGCUUUGCUGGAAAUGUUGGAUAUUCAUCCUAAUAUUGUGGUAGCAGCUACAGAAGUCCACUUCUUUGACUGGGAUGAAAAUUAUGUGAAAGGAAUAGACUGGUAUAGAAAUCUGAUGCCAUUUUCUUAUGGAAAUCAAAUAACAAUUGAGAAAACACCAGGCUAUUUUACAUCACCACAGGCUCCAGGAAGAAUUCAUGACAUGAAUAGUUCCAUUAAACUGCUGCUCAUUCUAAGAGAUCCCACUGAGAGAGUUAUAUCUGACUAUACCCAAGUAUAUUACAACAGAGUAGAAAGCCACAAGCCUGUUCAGCUUUUUGAAGAUAUUGUUAUUAAGAAUGGAGUGCUUAAUACCAAAUACAAAGCUAUUCAGAGAAGUCUAUAUGACGUUCAUAUGGAAAAGUGGCUUAAGCAUUUCAGUUUGGAUCAGAUUCACAUAGUGGAUGGCAAUACUUUAAUCAAGGACCCUCUUCCUGAAUUACAAAAAGUUGAAAGAUUUCUAAAUCUUCCUUCCCGAAUUAUGUCUUCUAAUUUUUAUUUUAACCAAACCAAGGGAUUCUACUGCAUUAGAAGUGAUGGAAGGGAGAGAUGUUUACAUGAAUCCAAAGGACGUCCCCAUCCUCUUGUUAACAGCACUGUUUUAGAGCAAUUGUAUUCUUACUUCAGAGAGCACAAUGCAAAAUUUUACAGAAUGGUUAAUCAUUCCUUUGACUGGCAUUAAUACAUUUGGAGCUGAUGUUCCUUAAAAAGGGACUGAAGCAAACUCUUUCAAACAUAUCUUUAUAAACUGUAAAGACCCGUAUUAUGAAAAUUAACAUACCGGUUAUAUGCUUCAUUGGAAUAACACAUCUGUUAAUUCAUUGAAAUGGAACUCUUUAUGUUGGGAAAAAUAAGUUUUAUGUAUUUGUAUGAUUACUGUGAGUCAUAUUCUGAUCUUUCAUCAUGCAAAUACAUUAACUUCAGCAAACUUAGGACAGAUGUGUAUCUCUACAAGAUUUGUGCUGUUUUGGAAAAGUGCUUCUAACUGUAAAAGAUGUAAAUAUUUGAAAUGGUAUUAUUCUAACUGUUCUGUAUUUUUCGUUGUUAUAAUUUUUUUAUAUCCCACACAAUGAUAGUGGUGUUGAUUUCUAGAAUUUUCAUAAAAUAAGCUAAAAUUGUAUGUUAAAACAGGGGCAUAAAUAGCGGCUCCAAUAAAUCAUUCAUCCUCUUUAAUAUGCUGAAGUACUUAAUCAAUAAAUAAUAAAAGGAAUCUCCUUCACCUGUAAUUUUGAAUAGGUGAACUAGAAGCUACCUGUCUGUAUAUCAUUAAUAUUAAACUAUUAAACCACACUCUUACUAUCCUGGGUUUGCAAAAAAAUCUCCACAGUAAGAGCAUGAAUGGUUCAAAGAAGAUUAAAGUGAGAGUUCUGAAUGUAAAGAAAUUAAAAUAUCCCAGGCAGCGUCAAUUUACAGUGAUACUUUAUACACUAAAAAAAAAAAGGCAUGAAAAUUAUUAGUAUCAACAGCUGUACAAAUAUUUGAUUAUAUCAGUUUUGUCACUUUGCUCUUGAAUGGAAAGGUUCUUAGUUAGUACUACCAUAUUAAUUAUGUUUGCAUUCUGUGACUAGUUAUUCUAUUGCUCUCCUGGCAUUAGUUUAUAUAUCUCCAUUGGCACAUUGAUUCUAGUUUAAAAAAAUUAAUUAUUUGUUUGCCCCCUGAAGCAUGGAGUAGUUUUUAUUUUGCCAUUUCUAUGCAGAUCAUGGAAUACUCUCAAAAUAACACCUUGUUAAGUUAUAUAUCUCAGACAAUGUUCAAUAUGUUCAGUAUGACAUACUCAGAUUAUAUUUAAGAACCACAUCUGUCUAUAGCCCUGCAUUAGGAUUCUAUUUUCAAUUUUUAUUUUUUUUAUUACAGUAUUGCACUGGUCUUUUCUACUUUUUCUUGUAAACAUUUUAUUAUCAAUACCAAAGAAAAAAAUCGACUUGAAAUGUUACAUUUGCUGCCAGAUAGACCUACAGACGCAGACGUGCUUGUUUGCCAUUGUACCUUGCAAUCCAGACCCCCCGGUGCACCCCCUGGUAUAAGCAGCACUCAUCAGGUGCCCUGAGAGCACUGGGGAGCUGCAGUGGUGUGGGCCCACCCUGCCCUGGGGAGGGUCCUGCUGCUGUGUCCCGUCUGUCACUGCUCAGCCUGCAGGAGUGUCUCUUCCUAGCAUGGGGUUCAGUCUUCCACUUCACAGGCUAAAAGGUAUGUAUUGCAGUGCUAAUUUUUGGGCUUCUAAUACUUUAUGACUGGGCUACUUAGAUAUUAGGCAGGUAGUAGUAUUCCACUGAAGCUGGACAGAAUCAGAAUCAACUCAGAGUAUGUGGAAACAACCUUCAUCAAUAUUUCCUCUAUAAAUGUAAAAUGUUAAAAAUACUAUAAUAAAUCUUAUUAUUUAUCUGUUCCA